AUGCAAUUGACUAAUAUUUCCACUACGACAGUGGACGGCCACCAUCGGCGCAGCCAGAGCAAUGGCAGCGGAAGCAUUGACAUUCUUGGCAUUGGGCUUGGCACACCCGGGGGAGGCGACGACGAUGCCGACAGCGGCACCGCGUCCCCGCCGGCCGAACCGUCCAAGAAGCGACAAAAGCGAAACAAGCCGACGCUGUCGUGCUUUGAAUGCGUCGAGAGGAAAACAAAGGCAGAGAAUGCUGACAACCAGUGCCAGUGCGAUCGAGGACGACCACAUUGCCUUGCGUGCAUCAAGCGCCAGACCGAGUGCAAAUAUGCCCAUGUCGCCAACCUGCUCGAGGAAACAACUCGCAGUGCGGCAAAUGGCCGCCGCAUGACCAAGGCGCCCAAGAAAAGGCUGGGCAGCCCCAAGUCUACCAUUCCCAAUGCAGCUGAUCGGGGGUUCAACACGGGCCGCAUCAACUCGCUGGGCUCGGUCGCCACCUCCACGGGCCUUCUUUCCAACGUCCCCUACUCGUCGCCGGGGUCGUCAAAUGUGUUUGGCAUUGGAUCCGAGCAUCCUUUCGCUAACUACUGGACGUGCGAGGGCGGUCUGCCCGAAGUCAUAUCCGUGCUCCCUGACAAGCUGCAAGCCGACAUAUUGCUAGGCCGCUACUUUGAAUGCGUCGAUCCCGUGUAUCCCAUGCUGCACCAGCAGACCUUCUACGCCGACUACGAGCACCUCUGGUCGCUGCCCAAGUCUGACAAAGACCGCAGCGAUGCAUCCUUUGUGGCACUUAUCUUCGUCAUGCUGGCGCUGGGCACCCAGUUCGUGACGUCGACGUCGCCGCCCGAGAGGAAGCAGACGGCCGAGUUCUAUGCUUCUGCUAGCAACCAAGCCCUCCGCAUGAGCUCCUACCUGAGCUCUGCCUCCAUCAGGUCCAUCCAAGCCAUGGUUCUCAUCACGUACUUCCUCAUCAACGACAACCAUGCCUCGGACGGGUGGGCUUUCGCCGGAAUCUUGAUUCGGCAGGCCUACGCAAUGGGGUUGCACCGAGAUCCCAACAUCGUGGCCCCGGACGCACCUUUCUUCGAGAAACAGCAGAGAAGGAAGCUGUGGCAAGCCGUCUUACUGCAAGACACGUUUUUGACUGUUCUACUGUCGCUGCCGCCCAGCGCAACGCACACGGACGUCAGCGUCGAUGACCUGAUCGCGGACAACUCGUCGAUUGCCAGUGACGACCCGACAGACACUGCCUAUGUCCGGGGGUCCUGGACACUGGCGAACCUGGUUCAGGAGACAAUCUGCAGCCCCCGGUCGCUCGACGUGCCCAUCUGCACGACGGCGCGGCACAAGUCGAAGCUGAUUGCCGACUUCCGCGCCGUGUACCGGUCCUUCCCCGACGUGUUCCGGUCGUGGGACCCCGAGGCGCUGUCGCAGCUGGCCCAGAGCAACAAGCGGAUCGUGCGCCAGACGCUGUUUCUGAGCAGCAAUUACUUCCACAACCUAAUGCUCGUGCAUGCCUCAGAAAGCCCCGACGUGCCCGUCAAUGUCCGCGGGGCCCUCGAGGCGGCGCACCACGCCAUCACGGCCUUCUUUGUGCUGUUCAACCUGUUCGAGGCCGAGGCCCGUGUCUGGUGGGUGUUCAACCACCGCGCAUUCCUCGAGGCGCUGUGUAUUGGAAACGUGCUACGCGAGGCCGUGAAGGACCCCGGGGGCGAGGAGAAUCUGUCCAAGGAUCCGCUGUUUGUCCGGGCGAGAGCCGACAUUCAUCGUAUGAUCCAGAUCAUGCAGAUGAUGAGCGAGGGCGAGCAGGGCUCCCAAACGGCGCGGACAAGAGUGCAGGUGUUGAGCGAGUUUUUGCUAUAG